AUGAUGGAGGCCGGCGGAGCUUGGGCUCACCCCCAUCUGGACCAACUAGGGUCCCAUCGUGCAAUCAUCCAAUCCGUGGAUGAUUUCAAAAUUGAAUUCUUGGCUGCCUUUGGAGAUCCGGAUGCAACCAGAGCAGCGGAACGGAAGAUUACUUCCCUUACUCAAACCGGCACCUGUGCCAAAUAUAUUACCAAGUUCUGCUGCAAAUGGAACUCAACUGGAACAAUGCCGCACUCCAUUGCCACGAGGGAGAGGCAACCCCGUACCCUGAGGGAGCUGCAAGACGCUUCCCUCAUAAUUGACAACGCCCUCCGUGAGGAGAGAGCCAGCCACCCGCAACAGGGUAAUAAGCCUGGCAAAUCCUCAACCACCCCCAACUGGGGGGCAAGUACUGGCCAACAGGCCACCAAAACUGGUCCCCUCUCCUCCAAUCCCAACUACGUCUUGGAGGAAGAACGCAACCGCCGUUGUGCAGAAGGCCUCUGUGUCAAGUGCGGAAAAGCCGGACACAAAUUUGCCAAGUGCAGGACCAGCUGGAAGGCUACCCCCAAGGAGGAUAAGGGGAAAGCCAAAGAGACCGCCAAAUUAGGCAAAGACUCUGAGUACCAAUUGGGAAAAGAGUAA